AUGACUAUAUGUGUCCAUAGCGGUGGAAUGGGUGCUCCUGGCGAUUCUUUACGAGCAUUAUUGUUUUCAUGUCGGUACUUGGAAAAAGUAUUUUUAGCAGCUCUUAGAGGAUUAACGGAUCGUGACUUAGAACCGCUCUUUCUAUGUAAACGACUGCAACAAUUGGAUCUAUUAGGAGCCCGUUCUCUUACACCCGAAAUAUGUUACAGGUUUUUAUUAUUUUGUCCAAGAUUGGAAAUGAUUGAUCUCAGUUUUUGCGAAGGUAUUAAUGAUUUUUUGAUACAAGAAUGGCGCCAACAAUAUCCACGCGUUUCCAUUAAAAGAAGUUUUCAAGUAACCAAUUCUGAUAUAUAGUGAAUAUUUCAUUGAUUUCUAUUCGAAACCAUUAAUACAUUUUGAAUUUAAGAUUUAAAGUUCAAGAAGUUAAUUUUAUAUUGCUUAUACAUAAGAUCAAGACUGUAACAUAAUUUAUACGUAUAAAUAUAUGUGAAAUAUAAUUUCAGGAAUAUAUGUAUAUUUACAAUAGCUUUUUAUAUUAGAAAAAAUAUACUUCUUUCAUUUAUGAUUUAAUAACAUACACUAUCUCUAUAAUAAAUGUACAGUAUAUUAUAAGAAAAUGUUUAUAUGUAAAUAUAAUUUCAUCUUUUU